AUGUUCGACAUGGAACAUGACCGCUCAGACGCGUCUGAUACGAGUACAAAAUCAUUAUCGCCCGACUCUGGGUCGGGCUCAUCGUGCGAUGAUGCUCCGAACCGUGCAAAAGAUGGACUGGAAGAAGCUCCAUUGAACGGACGCAUGGUGGCUUUCUACGAGAAUGAUAACAACCGCAACCACAAUAAUAAUACAACGCCCGCCGACCUCAUACCCCACGAUGCGGUUCUCGAAACCGACCACAUCUCUGGGAAUGCGACGGAGUCUGCAAGACCAGAGGGAUUGGAUAUACAAGGACCCGUGCAGAUAGGAAGCGACCACAACUCCGCGAGCGACGAUAUCCCUAGAGAAGCAGAUGUCGACGAUCCCAGCUGUGAGUCCCGGUCAAGGGACUCAAGCUCGGCCACAAACCACAAUCUCAUCAGUAAUCCCCCCAAUCUUGCAAGGAUACGCCAAGUGAUGUUCGAGUGCAAGGAUCCCAUAGAGAUUAGCUUGGAGGAAUUUGAGACUUAUUGGCCGUUUAUCGACAAUGUAUGGGUCAAACAGAGGUCUAAUUCCAGCAAAGAAGGACAUUGCACCACGGACUAUUAUAUGUGUCGUUUGCGACGCCCUACUCAUCGUACGUCAGAAACUCGUCCUCUUCCUGAGGGCAAACGCCCCCGAAAGAAGAGAGUGCGGGAGGGUGGUAUUUGCAACUUCCAGAUCAAAGUUGUCAAGUUUGAAGGAGCAUAUUCGACGGUGACGAUAGCGAGAACUCCAGGGAGCAGUCGGGUACAUUCACAUGACCUUGAUUAUAUUGACCGAGUGAAGCGAAAUUCUGGAUUAAUGGAGUUUGCGCGGAGGGAAGCAAUCAAGGGGUAUCUACCUUCCUCAAUUUUCACGAAGUUCCAAGAAGAACCUGAAAAGCUUGUUGAAGCUGGGGGCAAAUUCUGUACAGUGACGGACGUGCGCAAUGUCUCGGCGAAGUGGAGGAUACAGAACCCCGACGUUAAACUUGUGGCGCAUGAAGGCUAUGAAUAUCAUAAGGGUCACGGCAUUGUAAGGAUGCGAGCGGCUGAUGGUAUCGGCAAUACUCCGGGCGACAAGUUACCCUCGAAUACAGCCAUACACGCAUCUUUGCCCCCGGAUACGCUCUCCUUCCCUCGGUUCCCUCUAGAUUUUCUUGAGCCUUAUCUCCCAAAGCACAAUGAUCGCCGCCAGUUCCCUCAUGUCACCCUGUCCUAUGCAUCGUCGAUGGACUCUAAGAUAUCACUCCUGCCAGGCAUGCAAACUGUGCUGUCCGGGCCAGAGGCUAAAUUGAUGACCCACUAUCUCAGGUCACGUCAUGACGCAAUCCUCAUCGGAGUUGGAACAGUGCUUGCAGACAACCCCGGGCUCAACUGUAGGCUGGAAGGCGCAGGUGGGUUCGGUGGCCUUGGAAGGAUGUGGCAACCGCGGCCAGUGAUAGUCGAUCCCACAGGACGAUGGCCUGUACAUCCAGACUGCCGAAUGCUGAGGACUGCAGUAGAAGGGAAAGGCAAGGCGCCGUGGGUAGUGGUAUCCCCAGGAGCCAGGAUUGACCCACAAAAGUUGAUGAUGCUGAAGGGCUACGGGGGCGAUUAUCUCCGUAUCAUGGAGUACAAUCAGAACUGGCGGCUGCGCUGGGAAGCCAUACUACGUGCGUUGGCAUCUGAGGGGAUCAAAAGCGUCAUGAUCGAAGGCGGCGGGACCGUUUUGAGUGAGCUUUUGAACCCCGAAUACACCGAAUUUAUUGAUACUAUCAUUGUUACUGUCGCUCCAACCUAUCUUGGCUCCGGUGGAGUAAGUGUGAGCCCAGAUUCCAAGCGGGAUCAAGAAGGCAAGCCAAACGCUGCUCUGAAUCCUAGGGACGUGAAAUGGAUGCCCUUGGGUCAGAAUGUUAUUAUGUGUGGAAGAAUUCGGGUUGCACCCCCUACUGAGUCCCCUACUACUACUACUACUACAAAUGCCGAGUCGUAAAACACACCAUUGUUGCUGAGAACAAAAAUGUAUCCCCCAAGACCAAAG